AUGGCCGGUCCCGGUGGUGGCCCUCCGCGCAAGAGCCAUACCAAGUCGCGAAACGGAUGUAAGACGUGCAAGCGGAGGCACAUCCGCUGCGACGAAACCUUCCCGCAAUGCCGCAAUUGCACCAAGCACAACUGCCGCUGUGACUACCAAGACGUGGCCGCGGCGCAAGGCAGUCCGCCCGCCUCGCGGCGCGGCCCAGAUCUGCUCAUAGCUUGUGGGUUGCCCCCCUCUGGUUGGUCUGGUCUAUCUCGUGCCGACUUGCGGUUGAUUCACCAUAUCAUCGGGCUUUCCAUCGACCUACAUCGACGGGGCCUGAGCAGUUGUACCGUCUGGGCGCAGAUGCUGCCUAGCUUCCUGGGUAUUGCGCUGUCGAAUGAUUUCGUGAUGAGCGCCAUUCUUUCCUUCUCGGCAUACCAUCUGGCCUUCCUCACGCGUGAUCAAGAAACCAAGCAGCUCGCUUUGCACCACAAAGCGGCUGCUUUCAAAGGUCUUCGGACUGCCCUCGGAUAUGCGAUUGCCUCUCCCUCCAAGGAUAAUGUCGAGGCCAUUCUUUCCGCUCAUAUCUUGCUAUCCUGGCAAGCAACCGAAUAUCAAAGCUGGCUGUCCCUGCAGCAAGGCCUCUCCUCUGUUCUCGAGACCAUGUAUCCAAUGUGGAAACACGAGUCUGAGAUUGUCCAGUUCAUUGACAACCAGCACGCGUUGAGCGCUGCCGAUAUCCCAGUGUCGUUCGAUGAAGAUUUGAGACAGUUGGAUCAGACCAUUCACGCGCUGCAGAUCUCCCAGAAGCGCGUUUCACAUCAUGCAGAGCACUCCCAGCGCUUGGGCGAGUUGAUCGACUUUGUGCAGAAAUUCCGCAAGGAGUUCCCCACGCAAACCUCCGAGCAGGCUUUCGAGCGUAUCCAGAUUCUACGACAAUGGCUCUUCUGGUUACCACCGUCUCUCCUUCGGAACGGUGAAACCGAACUGAGCGCCCUCUCGAUCUUGUCUCAAUUCUUCGCUGUUGGAAUCGCUAUCGACCGCUUCUACCCCGAAAUGGGCGGCUCGUAUCUGGGAGCCCUGUCGAUCGGACCUAUUGAAGAGACGUACCGCAUCCUCGGGGCACACAGCGCCACAGAUCCGUUCAACGCCGAGCUCCGUCUCGCGAUGACCCUCAUGGAUUUGCCACGGCAUUCCGUUGCACGAUAUCGCAGCCGUCUGGCCUGGUCUCCGCGUCCCUCGGUCGAGCACUACUCCCCCGGACCCCCGAGCCCAUAUCAUGGGCUGCACGAGUACUCCAUCCCCUCAUCUUCCUCUCCCGCUUCUGCCUCUCCUUCCUACGCCGCCUACACCCCCCCGCUCCAGUCUCCUCCGGCCGUAACAGUCGCCGGAUCUCCCUUCCACCUCGCAGACGGCUACGUCACCGCUGCGCCCUCGCACACCCUGUAUCCGCCAUCCCCCCAACUCCUCGAUACCCACGAUGCACAGCUGGGACUGUCCGAACUAAGCCACGGCGGCUCCAUCCCGCACUCUGCGGCUUUCACCCCUCCCUACGGUGGCGAUGUUCUCUGCGCGGAUAUGCCCCGACCCGAUGGCGCAUUGGGCCUGAACAUGGAGGUGUACCCGCAAACACACGCCUUCGAGCUGCCCGGGAUGGUGGCCCCCGAGCCAUGCUGGACAUGA